AUGGCCGGGAUGAGGGCACCCGUGCUCCUCCUCGUCGCGGUGCUGGCGGCCCUCCUCGCCGGCCGGGCGGCGGCCGACUUCUCGGCGCUGGCGCCGUGCGACGUGAUGCAGCUGAGCCCGUGCGCGAGCGCGUUCGCCGGGAAGGGGUCCCCGACGGCCGCCUGCUGCGGCAGGCUCAAGCCCCACGGGUCCACCUGCCUGUGCCGGUACAAGGACGACGCCAGCCUGAGGCGCCUCGUGGACACCAGGCACAAGCGGAGGGUGUUCACCGCCUGCAAGGUGCCCGUGCCCAGCUGCUAG